AUGGCGCCCUUGCCGGCCGAUCGCCUAGAGCCGUAUAACCCACCAUUUACGUUUACCGAGGUCGAUUACCGCGGACCAUUUCAAGUAAAGGAUGCCCGACGGUCGGAAAAGAGGUUUUGCUGCCUUUUCACAUGCCUCAGCAUCCGUGCGGUUCACAUUGAGGUAGUCUCGAACCUGGGGACAGACUCGUUCCUAUGUGCAUUCGGCAGGUUCUUCGCUCGAAGAGGGUGCCCACGAAAGCUCUACAGUGAUAACGGACUCAUCUUUAAAGGAGCUGAGAGAGAACUAACGCUGUUGCUGCAGGAAUGGAACCAAGAACGCAUAGGUAGCUCCGUUGUAGCGAAGGGGUGCGACUGGAUCUUCAAUCCACCAACAGCUAGUCACCGGGGCGGAGUAUGGGAACGGCUGAUACGAUCCAUUAGGAGAAUACUGCGUUCGAUUCUUGGUUCACAGGUGGUCACUGAGGAGGUCUUCACAACGACAAUAACGGAGACUGAAAAAAAUAUGAACGACAGGCCUUUGAUAAAGAGCAGCGCGGAUCCGAAC